AUGGUGAUGCUAUCGGGCAUCGGGGCCAGGAAGCCGCCUCCCUUCCUCGUCGUCCUCCUCCUCGUACUCCAAGCGCUCCCGCGCCAUCCGGCGCCUCCCGUCACUGCCCAGGCCGCCUGUCGCGCCGCCGGCGCCGCACCCCGCCGGGCCUUCGUCGCGGAACGCUCCGGGGUGCACGCGCGCGACCUCCGCGUCGUCGGACCCCUUCUCUCCCGCUGCCCCAGCAUCCUCGCUCGAGAGAAGGCCAUGGUGAUCAAUCUAGAGUUCAUAAGAGCUAUUGUAACCGCUGAUGAAGUCCUGCUGCUGGAACCUCUUGCUCAGGAGGUUAUUCCUUUCAUCGAUAAAUUGAGGCGGCAUUUUCCAUUGAAGAGCGUGGAUGUUGAUGUUGGUGCCACACAAGUGGGUAAUGUGGAUGGCAAGCAUGCUAAAACUGGUGCAGAGUGUGGGCUCCCCUUUGAGUUUCAGGUCAGAGAUGAAGUAGAGCAUCUUUUGGAUCAUAAUGAAAAUAUGGCACAACUACACCUAUCAAGGAAGCAAAUAAAAAGUCCGCAGGAUGAAGCUCUACUGGUUUCUUCUGCUUUAAAUUGCAAUUUUCCUUCAAAAACAAACCUGGAUAUACGAAAUUCUGUUAUUAACCAAGCCACGGGCAUUGCUGUGGUUGCGCCAUUGGACGACGAUGUAGGAGACCUAGAGAUGCUACUUGAAUCUUAUUUCAUGCAGCUGGAUGGAAUUCGCAACAGAAUUAUGAUGGUCCGAGGAUAUAUCGUUGACACAGAAGACUACAUCAACAUCCAACUUGACAACCAACGCAAUGGACUUAUUCAGCUCCAUCUCAUACUGAUUAUUGUAUCCUUUGGCAUAUCCAUCAACACGUUGAUAUCUGCAUCGUUUGCCAUCAACAUGCCUCAAAAUGGGGACUAUAAGAAGUUUGAACAGGCUACUCGGCAGUUGAGGUCAGCGUUAGAUAAAUCUAGAAAGGUUGUCUUCGCAAUGCCUCAUGACUUGAAGGAAACUGGCCUGGUAUAG